CCACUUUACGCGCGAAGCUCCAUUAGUCGCGUCUCGUUCACGGUUCCCAACUACGCUCCAAAUUGCAUCUUUACGUUACAGGCCUCAGAUUUUGGAUUGCGCUUGGAUUUUGGUAGAAACAGCAUUAUUAAUCUUGGAGUUCAUCAUGGCAGUCAAAAAAGAAGCGGCCGAAAUGAGCGCCUUUGAGCGCCGGCGUCUCGAAAACAUUGCCGCCAAUCGCGCCAUUCUCACGGACAUUUCCACCACAGCCAAGAAGGUCAUUCCCAAUAAGCCCGCCGCGAAGCCGACGUCGAAGCGAAGAAGAAGCGAGCCUGUGCAGAGGGAAUCGACUCGACCAACGAGAAUCAGCUCGCGAUUGGCGGGCAUUGAAGCCGACAAUGAGACGCUGAAGCGCAAGCUGGAAGUGGAAGCAGAGCAUCAGGCAGAGAUUCACAAGGCCAAGAAGCUGAGGAAUGGCGAUGAUAUGAACCUGGGCGAUAUCAGUGUCGAUGGCAAGAAGUGGUCUAGCGGCUUUGACGGCAUCAAGGACCUUGUGCGUGGCGCACAACCUGGCGUGCGAACGUUUACGGAAGACGAUGUAAAGAACACGGCCGACGACGCAGAGAUUAAGGAAUUGCGCAAGACAAUGGGCAAUCUCAAGAUUUACGAGCACUGGGCACCCAACGAUAUCAAAAUCACACCGCAGCGAGUAUACGCACUGGGCUUCCACCCCAUCGAAGACAAGCCCAUCAUCUUUGCUGGCGAUAAAGAGGGCGCCAUGGGUAUCUUUGACGCGUCUCAGACAGCCCCGGAAGUAGACGAUGAAGACGACGACAUUCCCGACCCUGUUAUUUCGGCAUUCAAGACACACGCCCGAACCAUUACAUCAUUUGUGUUUUCGCCAUCAGACGCCAAUGCUGUAUACUCGUCGUCGUACGACUCAUCGAUCCGCAAGAUGGAUCUUGAAAAGGGCACAUCUGUGCAAGUCUUUGCACCAUCAGACUCGAGCAUCGACAUGCCGAUAUCUGCCAUGGACAUGACGGCAUCCGACCCCAACAUGCUCUACUUCUCGACGCUACAUGGCGCCGUUGGCCGCUACGACUUGCGUACGCCAGACAGCGAAGAGCUCUGGGAGCUGUCGGAGCAAAAGAUUGGUGGUUUCUCUUUGCACCCCCUCCAGCCUCACCUGGUAGCUACUGCAUCGCUUGAUAGAACCCUCAAGAUUUGGGAUCUGCGCAAAAUUACAGGCAAGGGAGACCUGCGACAUCCCGCGCUUCUAGGCGAGCACGAUUCGCGCUUAUCUGUUUCACAUGCGGCCUGGAGCGCGGCCGGUCACAUCGCGACGUCAUCCUACGACGACACCAUCAAGAUCUACGACUUUACCGACAGCUCCAAGUGGUCAGCAGGCUAUGAUAUCCCUGAAGAUGACAUGAAGCCCGCACACACGGUCAAGCAUAACUGUCAGACGGGCCGCUGGGUCACUAUCCUUAAGCCCCAAUGGCAGAAACAGCCGCGCGACGGUAUCCAGCGCUUUGUGAUUGCCAAUAUGAAUCGCUUUGUGGAUAUAUAUGCGGCGAAUGGUAGCCAGCUAGCACAGCUUGAUGGCGAGGGUAUCACGGCUGUACCUGCUGUUGCGCAGUUCCAUCCUACCAUGAACUGGGUUGCUGGUGGUAAUGGAAGUGGAAAGCUCGCCUUUUGGCAGUAGUCUUUGGGGUGGAGGAUAAUGUUUUAUGAAAUUUUGUUUAUUGCACCAAUGUAAAAGUUUCUGGAGGAGGGAGAGUCGUGUAUAGUACAGUAGGCUUUUUUUUUGGAAGAGAAUAUUAUAAUCACAUCUGCCAGUGCUACUUUUUUUUAUUACACUAC